CAAUAAAACAGUCGAGGACGAAGGAGGAGGUCUUAUAAAUCUAAGCAUUUACAAAUUUUUGCCUCCUUUUUGCACGACCACAAAAUAAAGAAAAUGUUUCCCUCUUUGAUGCUACAUGACAUGUUUUAUUGGUGCUCAGACUGACGCUGGCUGUUUGGAGCCGAAUUGCCUGGGAAACAGCCUCCAGUCAGAUGAAUUGAUGCAUAGAGACAAAACCUCUGGAAGAGGAAUUUCCUCCAUUGAGACCGUUUCUGGAAAUCGCAUCCCUCAGGCCGUCUGUAUGAAGCUGGAUCCCACCGUCAUGGAUGUUAAGCAGAUCCUGGUGGUUAAAAAAGAAGACACAGAAGAUGAAAAUCCUAGUUCUGAUCUUCAUGACCCAAAACUCUGCCACAUAAAGAAGGAAGAUGAGGAUGUCUGCAUCAGCCUAGGGGGAGAGCAGCACAAAGUGAAGGAGGAGUUUGAAAAUGGCCUGAAAAGUGAGGAUGGUAAACAGUCUCCUCUGCUCUCACAGCUUUAUCAAGACCAAAUUAAAGACGGAGAGCUUCCAGAAAAAAACAGAGGAGAAUCCAUCAGGAUAGAAGAUCAUGGAGAUGGUUUCAACUCCUUAGAGUCUGACGACACCAAAAGCGAUGAAGAGGAUGAUGAUGUAAAGCACCAUGUCUCUGAAAGGAAAGACUUGGCAGACUCCAGACUGGAAACUGAGGACAUGAACAAUGACUGGAAGGAGAGCAGAGCUCCUGAGUCAGAUGGAAACCUAGUUAACAAACAAGAUUCAGAAAUAGUCUCUCCAAGCUCACUGGAUAUUAAGAAAUGCUUUACAAAGAACAAAAAUGUUAACCCACGAAGAAAGGUACAGGCAGGAGGGGAGUUUAACUGUGAAGUCUGUGGCAAAAUCUUUUUUGGAAAAUGGAAUUUAAAUGCACACAUGAGAAUCCACACAGGAGAAAAACCUUUCUGUUGUGAUGUUUGUGGAGACAGAUUUAGCCACAGUUCACAUUUAAACACACACAUGAGAAUCCAUACAGGAGAAAAACCUUUCUGCUGUGAUGUUUGUGGACACAGAUUUAGACAAAAAUCACUUUUAACUACACACAUGAGAAUCCACACAGGACAGAAACCGUUCUGUUGUGAUUUUUGUGGACACAGAUUUAGCCAUAAAUCUAGUUUAAUCACACACAUGAGAAUCCACACAGGCCAAAAGCCUUUCUGUUGUGAUCUCUGUGGAAAUAGAUUUAGUCGUAAAACUACCUUAAACAAACACAUGAGAAUCCACACAGGACAGAAACCGUUCUGUUGUGAUCUUUGUGGACACAGAUUUAGCUGUAAGUCACAUUUAAGCAGACACAUGAGAAUCCACACAGGACAGAAAAUAACUGCGGUAUGAUGACUCAAACUGCACAGCUCCAUUUGGUUGUGAAGUAUUUAUUUGUUGGCAUUCAAGUCAACAGUCUUCACUUUUAAUAUUAAAACAUUUUAUUUAAGUAGCAUAUUUGUUUAGUUGUAUGUUUCAUAGUUUAUUAGCUAAUUAAUCUGUUGCUUAGAUUGAACUGUAGCACAGGUGUGUCCUGAGUUCAUGUGUGUCUCCACGGUACAAAAAUCAAAUUUUUUGUGUGAUGCCCCAAGAUGUCAAUGCUUCCAUUACUAACAUCAAAAUUGAGCAACCCAUCCAGUUUGAGGACUGGUGACCAACUGGAAUGGAUUUAUAUUCCAGUUGGAAAGGAUUUUUAAAUGGAUUAUAAAGAUGAUAGACAAUAGAUGUCUAUCAAUGAAUAGGAAAAAAUGCUUAAAUUAGUUCUGUAAGAAUGUAAAUACACUCCUGCUCUAUUUGACUAUAUUAACUCUGUACAGUGUUUAAAAUGUGUUUAUAGUGUAUUUUUUUAAAAGUUAACUUGCACUUGUUAACAAGGACCGGUUUUAAUCCUCUGCAGUGUUUAUUUGGUCAUUUAGAAAUAUUUGAUGUGUUUUAUUCAACAAUUUAAAAACAAAAAAACGAGUAUUCAAUUAUGAACUGAGCAGAUUAAAAUGAUUGAAAUCUUCACAAAGAGAAAAUGUUGUUUCAUUGUUUUCUGCACAAAGUAAACACUUAAGAGGAAACAAUGGGACCUGGUCUUAUGGGCUGGUUCUCGCUAAUUGAUGAAAUAUUUAUUAGGUUUAGGUCACUUUAAGAUCUGAACAAGAUGAACCAGCUGACCUUAACAUCAACAGAACAAACUCACUUGUGAAAACAUACAAUAUUCUUUCUUUUUUCAGGUAAAACUACAAGUGUGACUCUUUCCACAGACAUUAAUAUCAAUUGAAUGUAAAUAUUGGGGAUCCAGGAGGCCUGAGGGCUGCAGGCUGUUCUGUUCUACCUGGAUGAGAUGUUGCAGGUAUUUGCUUUCUUGAUGGGAACUGCGCCGUGCCUUUGCUGCUGAUGGUUAGAUGUCAGUAAGAGGAUGGUGAAAUAGGUGAGUCACACCAAACUCUCACAACAUAAUAGUUUGUAUUUUUAAUAUAUUGUUUUAAAAAAAUAUUCUCAUGAAAACACAUGAACGUCUGAAACAAUAUUUAGUAUUUGUAUUCCUAAACUAGUAAAUUGAAAAGCCUAACCUUUAGCACCUUGUAAUAAGUGAUGAUUGUUGACAUAAGCAUUUGGGUUAUAUCAAAGUGUAAUGUAAUGUAAUACUGCCCCCUUCUGGUGAUAGCCAAUGUGUUUUACCAAAUUAUCAAAUUUUCAUGGAAUAUUCAGAAAAUGCCAUCAAAGGUACAUGUGAACAAAUACACAAAAAAAUUAGAAUAGUACACCAAAUAUGUCUCUGGGUUUCUUGGAUAUAUCUUUUAAUAUUUUCCUCUUAAAGUGGAAAUUCAACCAUUUGAGUUUUUCUCAAGAUUGCUUUCUGGGUGAUCUAAAUUCU